CCUGGUUGUGUGGUUAAUAUGGUCGACGAGUAUUAUACUUCACAAACAUGUGCCAAGUGCUUUGGCCGUUUUGAUCGACGCACGAAACGACAUCGGUUGCCAUGAUUGUCGGCCGCAAUUGGGAAAAGCAAUGCCAUCAAUGAUCGUGUGCAAGGUCAACAAACGAAAGAUGAGGGAAGAGAAGUUGAAAGUCUUUUUGCUCGAGAAAGAAGCGGAAGAGGGCAACGGAAAUCCAUCGGUUGGCAAUGAUGUCCCACAUCCAGAUCAACUAAACCCAGAUUUACUCCCAAAUAUAGCGAUCUACCACAAAAUAUGGCAUGUAAAUGGGGAUAGUAAAAUCGUGGAAUACGUGAAAUUGAAUUCAGCCGGUGAGAUGGAAGUUGUUGAGCUACGAGUACACAAGACGACAUGGCAUCGUGACAUAGCCGCUGCAAAAUGUAUCAUGAUCAAAGGACACUGUGACUUUUUUGGGAUUACGUUACCCGAAACAUUGCAGAUGCCAUCCAACCAGCAUCAUGCAUCGUCGUUCACGCCAUUCACAUUGAAUGAUUGAAAAAUUAAAAUAUAACAUUAUGUUAUUUCCGCUAUGCCUGAUUGUUGUUGUAUAGUAGGCCAGAAUUUACCCAUUAACUGGCCAGAAAUACCCAUGUAAGUAAAUGAUUUGUUUUUCAAUUGAAAUAAGAGUAUUGAAUGUAUUGAUGUUAACGUUAUGGAAUUUUUCUCCAUUCAUUCCAUGCACAAUUGGAUCACUAUGACGGUUACUUCUACGGUUAAAUCUAUCCCCGUAUUCAACCUUGGAUAUGUGCCUGGAAUCGGAUGGAUUUGGGUUGAUAAUUGUUAGAUGGGUAAGAUGGAUUUAUGCAUAAAACUUGAA